CGCAGCUGGGUCAUCGGUCACAAGGCGAGACCUUCCGAAUCUGUGGACUUCAGUCUGUCCCAGAUUUGAUAUUUUAGAUUCUAUCUGUGUGGGACUUACUACACUUACACGUGGGGACCUGAUCUCUUCCGUGGAUCACGGGCACAGAUGCCAAGUGGCGAAAUAUCGGCUAGGAUCGGGAGUUGGGAAAGACGUGCAAGCAGACUAUACAGGAACAAGCCUUAAGAAGACGUCAGAGCCACACCCAUAGACGAAAGUGAGGAGCGUACUCGUGACAGAUCAGGACAUGGCAAGUCAAGAAAACGGGGAAGACAACCCCUAUAUACAACUGAAGAGGCACCUACAGGCCCUGCGAAAGCAUGCCAUCUCCUCAUCUGACAACAUCGAACAGUUCGCACACCUGGACAUGUCAAAGCUCACAGAAGUGUCCCAUCCUGACUUCUCCUUAAGCGACCAUCUUACUGGAGAUGACCUUAGCAGCAGUGAAGGUCAAAGAGUGACCAGAGGGCACGGAGAGGAUGAACCUGGCAAAACAGGCGAAGACGCCUCGCCUAAAGAAGUUGGUGCGAAACUUGAAGAAAGGAGGCAGCAGCCCUCUAAAGAAGACACCGAGAAUCAAAGUGGUAACGAAGUAGUCAACGAUGGAAGUAAAGAGGCGGAAUUUGGAGACGAGUCCGAAGACAGACCGUGUCCCUACAAAGUCACUUGGCAGCGCAAAGUUGGGGAGACCAACCCACCACAGCCCUACCAACCACCAGCCGAAACCUUUGGGGAAGAAGUGGUCCAAGUUAAGAUCAGCGCAACGUCGGGAAAUAAGAGAGAAAUAUACGUCCUGAGCGACAUCCAUCUGGGAAGACCCCUUGCCGUCUGUCCCGGGCACAGUCAGCUGGAAGGCGCGCUGUCUCACAUCAUGGCGGCGGCGGCGGAAGGAAAGGUCCACUCCGUCAUUCUGCUGGGCGACAUCUUCGAGAUGUGGGUGCAGGCUGCGGCAGAGGCGGCGUGGACGGAGCGGGACCUCCUCGCGCACUGGGAGGCGGACGCCGUCUGCAGGGCCUUCACCCAGGCCGUGUGCAGAAUGGCGGAGGAGCACCGCGUGGACGUGUACUACGUCAGAGGUAACCACGACCACGAGAUCACGGCUGCGAUGGUUCAUCAUUUAUUCCGUAAAAAGGUUCGAUUCAUCCCAGGAAUUCUCCUGUACACCAUCAGUGCCGACCAUCAGGAGUACCGGAUCAGGUUCGAACACGGACACAUCUGGGAUCUGAUGAACUCAUACUCACAUGCGGACACAGAUUGCGGACUUGUGGGCGGGCGACCCUUUGCGUACUACGUGUGCAGGUUGGCUUCCUACAGAAUAAUCAACAGGCUGCUUGUGGGAGACGGCACGGACAAAACACUGCAGACAGCUAAGGCCCAGUUUCGCGCCCUGCUGAGGAGCGCAGGACCAGACAUCAUGAAACUCCUGUGCCUGUCCGACAUACGAGAGGACCUCCUGUCUCUGAUCAUCCAGCUGGCACUUGGCGGGAGUAUCCAUGGAAACGAGGUGGUCAGGAUGCAUGAUGGGACGUACGUGCCCGUGAGAAAGUUGCCGAAGUUCAACUUUAUGGAACGGUUAUGUGAACAGGAGGGUGUAGAGAAAGUGUUUCAGAUGUUCCUGGUGUAUCUGGAUGACUUCUCUCCCCUAAUUGAAUCCUGUGAGGAGGACCUGGUAGUUCUGGGACAUAACCACCACUGGGCAGUGGGGUCAGUCACUGGCAGCCAUGGGAGGGAUGUUCUGUUUGCUAACUCAGGAGCCUGGGUGGAUGCUGAGGAGGUUUCCUAUUUAAGGAUAGUUCCACCAACAAGUCAGGAGGAUGGCGUCAUAGAAGUUCUGCACUAUCCUGUUGCUAUGGCAACAGCUGAGGAGAACAGCCAAUAGGGAUGGACGCUCAAUACACGACA